AUGGAGAUACCCUGCCGGCGGCUCCGCCUCGGCGCCGUGGUUCCUCUCGCUUCCCGAUUUCCAAGGACUUGUCGGAGCAGGAUAUCUGGUCUGGAGCAGGCAGCGAAGGGAACCGUUCAAGUAUUGAAGGGGCAUAAAGAACUAAGGGAGAAGCGUUCUUUUGACAAGCUCAAAGUCAUUGGUUCGCACUACUGUGGUUAUAUCAAAGAUUCAAUGGGAAAAGAAGAGGGCAACAUCGACCUCAACCUCUCCCUGCAGCGGGCCUCGUCGCCGGAGUGGUUUGGUUACUUCUCCUGCUCCUACUGCACCAAGAAGUUCUACUACUCCCAGGCGCUAGGCGGCCACCAGAACGCCCACAAGUCCGAGCGCAGCGUCGCCAAACGCACGCGGGAGCUGGCCUACACGCGCCGCCAGGGCCACGUGGGCCAGCUCGGUGAGGCCAGCAGGAGAGAGAAGGACCCGACUAGCAAUGCCACGGGGAGCUCCUCGCACAGGAGGGCGUCCCCGCCGGAGGCAGCUCGCCGGGACCUCAUCAACGAGGAGAUCGAUCUGUCCCUCAAGCUCUGA